ACUUCCGCUUCCGGGAGCGAGGCGCCGCACGUGGGGCCCGGCGGGGCGGAGCGGGGUCGGGAGCCGCGAUGGGGGAGUUUGAGGUGCACCGCGUGCGGUUCUUCGGGCUGGUGCCCGCCGGCGUGCGCUGCAUGGCCUACCAGCACAACGGCCGCCGCCUGGCGCUCGCCCGCACCGACGGCGCCGUCGAGGUGUACAACUUCGCUGCUAAUUACUAUAUGGAGAAGGCCAUCCCCGGGCACCAGACACGCUCGGUGGAAGCGCUGUGUUGGGCACGGGGGGAGCGGCUCUUCGGGGCCGGUCUGAGCGGGGACAUCACUGAGUAUGACCUGGAGCGGCUGCGCCCGGCCCGCGCCGUCGAUGGCUUCGGGGGACCCAUCUGGAGCAUGGCUGCCAACAACGAUGGCACUCGGCUGGCGAUUGGCUGUGAGGAUGGCUCGGUGAAGCUCUUCCAGGUGGUGCCUGGUGGUGGUGUUCAGUUUGAGAAGAACCUGGACCGGCAGAAAGGGCGUGUGCUGUGCCUCUCCUGGCACCCCUCGGGGACCCACCUGGCAGCCGGCUCCAUCGAUUUCAUCCGUGUGCUUGAUGUCCACUCAGGCCGAACUGCCCAGAGGAUCAUGGUGAACUGUCAUGUGCCGAAAUCCAAGAAGCGCGAGUGCGUCGUGUGGAGCAUCGCCUUCCUGUCGAGUGGCACCGUCAUCAGCUCGGACUCGUUUGGGAGAGUGCAGUUCUGGGACUGGGAGCGAGGGACGCUGCAGGACUCCCACACUGUCAGCAGCUCAGCUGCCCUCUCACUGGCUGUGUCGGAGAAAGAGGACAGCAUUGUGGUGGGCACCUCGGCGGGGGCCACCUACCAGUUCCAGCUGCUGCCGGUGAAGGCAGGAGGCCAGGAGAAGCGCUGGGUGAGGACGAAGCCGUUCCAACAUCACACCCACGACGUGCGAGCUGUGGUGCACACCCCGACAGCUCUCAUCUCUGGAGGCCUGGACGCCCAGCUGGUGAUCCGCCCGCUCAUGGAGAAGGUGCAGAAGAAGGGCUACGAUGCAGCGCUGCGGAAAUUCACCCUUCCCCACCGACGCCUCGUCUCCUGUGCCAGGAAAGCCCGGCUCCUCCUCUUCCAGUUCUCCCAGCACCUGGAGCUCUGGAGACUUGGCUCUACUAAUAAAACUGGAAAGGAUGGAGAGACCCUUCCCCUGAGCCGCAUGCCGGAGCACCUCCUGCAGCUUAAGAGCAAGGGUCCUGAGCACAUCUACUGCAGCUGCGUCUCACCCUGUGGCAGCUGGAUUGCCUACAGCACUGCCUCUCGCUUCCACCUCUACCGCGUGCAGCACGAGGGCGACAGCAUCAGCGUCAAGAAGGUCCCUGGCGUGCCCAAGCUGCUGCUCCCAGCCUACCAGCUGCUGUGCGCUUCCGACUCGGGCAGACUCUUCAUCGCCUCCGACAGAGGCUCUGUCCACGUGGUGCAGCUGCUGGAACCGGGGGGCUGCAAACACCUGCACACGCUGCGCCCGCCCGCAGGGACCCGGGAAGCUGUCUACCUGCUGGCGUCGAGCGCUGAUGGGAACUGGCUGGCUGCGGUCAGUGGGGACUGGGAGGUGCACGUCUACAGCCUGAAACACUUCAAGCACCACUGCACGGUGCCCACCUACAGCUGCGCGGUGACGGCCCUCGCCAUCCACCCAACCACCAACAACCUUUUUAUCUCCUACUCGGACCAGCAGCUCUUUGAGUUCAGCAUCCCCGAGAAGCAGUACACGGCCUGGAGCCGCGCGGUGCAGAACAGCGGGCUGCACAAGCUCUGGCUGGAGAGGGACUCGCCCAUCACCCACAUCGCCUUCAACCCCAAGAACACCUCGCAGGUCCUGCUGCACGACGUCUACAUGCUGUGUGUCCUCGACAAGUCCCUGCCCCUGCCCGACGACAGCGCCGUGCUGGUGAACCAGAGCACCCUGAAGCAGCUCUCGGAGCCCGCCCGGCGCCGGCAGCUCCACGCCUUCAAGAUCUGCAAGAAGUUCCAGCCGCUGCUGUUCGCGGACCUUCUGGACGAGCGCUGCCUGGUGACGGUGGAGCGGCCCGCCCUGGACAUCAGCGCGCAGCUCCCGCCGCCCGUGCAGCAGAAGAAGUUCGGCACUUAGCCCGGCCGCCUCAAUAAACGCGCUGUUGUCA